AAAUGGGUCCGAAGAAACCGUCUGAGAAGCCCGCCGGCCAACCGGCCGAGAAAAAAGAGAAGAAACCGGCGGCUGCUCCGGCUGCUGCGGCUUCCGGAUCAGGCGAAAAGAAGCCUGCCGCCGAGAAGAAGCCUGCUCCGGAGAAGAAACCCGCAGCCGAAAAGAAGGCCCCAGCAGCCGAAAAGAAGGCGCCUGCAGCGGAGAAGAAACCCGCAGCUGAGAAGAAGCCAGCCGGCGACAAGAAGCCCGCUGAGGAGAAGAAGGCUGAGAAGCGUGCUGCGCCAGCUGGUGAUAGCAAGGCCGCCCCCAAGAAGAAGGCCCCAGCGGCAGCCCCUGGAACUAGCAAGGCUACUGGUGGUGAUGCCAAGAAGGCUGCCCCGGCCGCCGCUGCCGGUGCCGCCGGAGCUGGCAAGAAGGGAGCCAAGGCAGCACCUGCCGCCGCCGCUGCUGCUGCUGCCGCUGGCAAGAAGAAGCCCGCUGAAAAGAAGGGCGCUGCUACGACCGCUGCCGCCGGUAAGGCUGCCAAGCCCGCUAAGGGAGCAAAGGCUACCACGGCUGCUGCUGGCGCGGGUAAGGGUGGAAAAGCUGCCGGUGCUGCCGCGGCCGGUGCAAAGGCCAAGGCUGGUGCUGUCACGAAGAAGUCCACCAAGAAGGCCGAUAGUAAGAAGGCUAGCAAGAAGGCGGCUGUCGCCAAGAAGCCCCGUCUGACGAAGGAGCAAAUCAAGGCGAAAAUCCAAAAGGGACAGCUGAAGGCCCGUGCGACUGCUCUGCUGCGUGCCAAGCGUGCCCAGACCAAGCUGAUCAAGGGUCCGUACGGAACGGCUGUGCGCAAGAUCCGCACUUCGGUGCGUUUCAAGCGGCCGAAUACUCUCCGCCUGCCCCGCCGACCGAAGUACCCGAGGAAGUCGGUAGCUAAGCGCAGCCGCAUGGAUCCGUACAACAUCAUCAAAUACCCGCUGACCACUGAAGCGGCGAUGAAGAAGAUCGAGGACAACAACACGCUCGUCUUCCUGAUCCACCUGCGCGCCAACAAGAACCACGUAAAGGCCGCCGUGAUGAAGCUGUACGACGUUAAGGUGCUGAAGAUCAACACCCUGGUGCGACCGGACGGCAAGAAGAAGGCGUAUGUGCGACUAACCCGUGACUACGACGCGCUGGACACUGCCAACAAGAUCGGCAUCAUCUAAGCGCUCGCACACAGAAGGGGUUUCUAUCGCUGCGUAUCCAACCUCGGUGGCUUUGGAUCGCUGGCGAUUGGAGCGGGGAGAGGAAAGGCGCUCGCAUUGCGCUGCUCCGGCAGGUUUCGUUAUUUUUAUCCUCGAUUUUCUGCCGUAGCAGCUUGGUGUGUAACCUUUUACAUUCCUUCUCCAAAACAGCGCCAUUUCUCUGUCGCGUAUGUUCCACUCUUCGCAGAGAAGUUGUGCCGCGGGUCGUAACAACCUCCGAUUCGCGUUUAUUCGAUUCGUAUAAAGGUCAAGGUACACUUUAUGUGACUGCAAGAGAAUGAUGAAAAAUAUACCAUCUGUAAUGGAGAAGAGAAA